AUGGAAAAUGAUGAGCUCGCCUUUGCCGCUCGCAUCCCUCGUGCUCUGGAACUCAGCCUCCUAUCCCUGGCUAGAUGCACUAUUCAACAACAAGCAACGCUUAAAGUUCCAGGAGAGAAAAACCAAGAAUACCGCACCUUCAAGUACAGAAAAUCACAAGUCGCUGCCAAGACUCCCCAGAGAGAAGCUUUGAAGAAGAAGAUCCUAGAGGCAGGAAAAUGGGUUAAAUGGGAGUUGUACAGCGGGUACGAGGACUUGAGGCCGCAACGUGGAUUUGCUGAACCGUUUUAUUCGUCGGCAAUCAUGACGUGGCGCGAGGAAGACAAAUUAGUGAAGGGGGGUUUGGGGAUCUACAUAGGAUAUGAGCAAUCUCAGCCGCUUGUACGAGAGGACUUGCGGAUGCGAAGAGGCGAGUCUGAGAAUCGGAUUUGCUCACAUUGCUGCCAGGCUAGACUAAUAAUGCUUCAAUGUGCUAAGUUCGCAGCCCAAUUUCAAUUCGCGAACACGUUGGUUCAUGAGUUGCCGUAG